GUGACAACGGUCCGGAAUGAAGGAGGCUGCGGCGCGGCGGCCGGUCGAGCUGCGCCGGGCGAGGGCGGCGCCGGGGCCGCGCCUGUAGGACUCGGGGCCGGCGCGGCGCGAUGGGGCCCGGGCGCGGGGACUGAGCGGCGGCGGCGGCGGCGGCGGCGGCGGCGAGCGGCGCUCGAGCUCGGAGGGGCUCCGCGGCGUCCCCCCCCUCUGGCCCGGCGGCCUCCACCCGCAGCCCCUCGGCGCCCCGCGGGACCGGGACGGCACCGGCGGGGGCAUGUGGCGCUGGGUCCGGCAGCAGCUGGGUUUUGACCCACCCCAUCAAAGUGACACGAGAACUAUUUACAUAGCCAACAGAUUUCCUCAGAAUGGCCUUUACACACCUCAGAAAUUUAUAGAUAAUCGGAUCAUUUCAUCUAAGUAUACUGUGUGGAAUUUUGUUCCAAAAAAUUUAUUUGAACAAUUCAGAAGAGUGGCAAACUUUUAUUUUCUUAUUAUAUUUUUGGUUCAGCUUAUGAUAGAUACACCUACCAGCCCAAUUACCAGUGGACUUCCGUUAUUCUUUGUGAUAACAGUUACUGCCAUAAAGCAGGGUUAUGAAGAUUGGUUACGACAUAACUCAGAUAAUGAAGUAAAUGGAGCCCCUGUGUAUGUGGUUCGAAGUGGUGGCCUUGUAAAAACGAGAUCAAAAAACAUUCGGGUGGGUGAUAUUGUUCGAAUAGCCAAAGAUGAAAUUUUCCCUGCGGAUUUGGUGCUUUUGUCCUCAGAUCGACUUGAUGGUUCAUGCCAUGUUACAACUGCCAGUUUGGAUGGAGAAACUAACCUUAAGACACAUGUGGCAGUUCCAGAAACAGCAGUAUUACAAACAGUUGCCAAUUUGGACUCUCUCUUAGCUGUGAUCGAAUGCCAGCAGCCAGAAGCAGACUUGUACAGAUUCAUGGGACGAAUGAUAAUAACACAACAUAUGGAAGAAAUUGUAAGACCACUGGGGCCAGAGAGUCUCUUGCUUCGUGGGGCCAGGUUAAAAAACACAAAAGAAAUUUUUGGUGUUGCCAUAUACACUGGAAUGGAAACAAAGAUGGCAUUGAAUUACAAAAGCAAAUCACAGAAGCGAUCUGCAGUAGAAAAGUCAAUGAAUACCUUUUUAAUAAUUUACCUAAUAAUUCUUAUAUCUGAAGCCAUCAUCAGUACUAUCUUAAAAUACACGUGGCAAGCUGAAGAAAAAUGGGAUGAACCUUGGUAUAACGAAAAAACAGAACAUCAGAGAAAUAGUAGUAAGAUUCUGAGAUUCAUUUCAGAUUUCCUUGCUUUUUUGGUCCUCUACAAUUUCAUCAUCCCAAUUUCAUUAUAUGUGACAGUCGAAAUGCAAAAAUUUUUAGGAUCAUUUUUUAUUGGCUGGGAUCUUGAUCUCUAUCAUGAAGAAACAGAUCAGAAAGCUCAAGUCAAUACUUCUGAUCUGAAUGAGGAGCUUGGACAGGUGGAGUAUGUGUUUACAGACAAAACUGGUACGCUGACAGAAAAUGAAAUGCAGUUUCGGGAGUGUUCAAUCAGUGGCAUGAAAUAUCAAGAAAUCAAUGGUAGACUUGUUCCUGAAGGACCCACUCCAGACUCCUCCGAUGGAAACUUGUAUCUCAGUAGUUUAUCCCACCUUAACAACUUAUCCCACCUUACGACUAGUUCCUCUUUUAGAACCAGUCCUGAAAAUGAAACUGAAAUAAUUAAAGAACAUGACCUCUUCUUUAAAGCAGUCAGUCUCUGUCACACGGUCCAGAUCAGUAAUGUUCAGAUGGAUGGCAUUGGUGAUGGGCCCUGGCAGUCCAAUCUUGCGCCCACCCAGCUCGAGUACUAUGCUUCCUCCCCAGAUGAAAAGGCUCUAGUGGAAGCUGCCGCAAGAAUUGGUAUUGUAUUUGUUGGCAACUCUGAAGAAACUAUGGAAGUUAAAAUACUUGGAAGACUAGAACGGUAUAAGCUGCUUCAUGUUCUGGAAUUUGAUUCAGAUCGAAGGAGAAUGAGUGUAAUUGUAGAGGCACCUUCAGGUGAGAAGUUACUAUUUACUAAAGGAGCAGAAUCAUCAAUUCUUCCUAAAUGUGUAGGUGGAGAAAUUGAAAAAACUAGAAGUCAUGUAGAUGAAUUUGCUUUGAAAGGGUUAAGAACUCUGUGUGUGGCCUAUCGACAGUUUACACCAAAAGAGUAUCAGGAAAUCGACAGGCUCAUAUUUGAAGCUAGGACUGCUCUGCAACAGCGUGACGAGAAAUUGGCAGAUGUCUUCCAGUUCAUCGAGAAAGACCUGAUACUACUUGGGGCAACUGCAGUAGAAGAUAGAUUACAAGAUAAAGUUCGAGAAACUAUUGAAGCAUUGAGAAUGGCUGGUAUCAAAGUCUGGGUACUCACUGGAGAUAAACACGAAACAGCUGUCAGCGUGAGUUUAUCAUGUGGACAUUUUCACAGAACCAUGAACAUCCUUGAACUUACUAACCAGAAAUCAGACAGCGAAUGUGCUGAACAAUUGAGGCAGCUUGCCAGAAGAAUUACAGAGGAUCAUGUGAUUCAGCAUGGGCUGGUGGUGGACGGCACCAGCCUGUCUCUUGCACUCAGGGAGCAUGAAAAACUCUUUAUGGAAGUUUGCCGAAAUUGUUCAGCUGUGUUAUGCUGUCGUAUGGCACCACUGCAAAAAGCAAAGGUAAUAAGACUGAUAAAAAUUUCUCCUGAGAAACCUAUAACAUUGGCUGUUGGUGAUGGUGCUAAUGAUGUAAGCAUGAUACAAGAAGCACACGUUGGCAUAGGAAUCAUGGGUAAAGAAGGAAGACAAGCUGCAAGAAACAGUGACUAUGCAAUAGCUAGAUUUAAAUUUCUGUCGAAAUUGCUUUUUGUUCAUGGUCAUUUUUAUUAUAUUAGAAUAGCCACCCUUGUACAGUAUUUUUUUUAUAAGAAUGUGUGCUUUAUCACACCCCAAUUUUUAUAUCAGUUCUACUGUUUGUUUUCUCAACAAACACUGUAUGACAGCGUGUACCUGACUUUAUACAAUAUAUGUUUCACUUCCCUGCCUAUUCUGAUAUAUAGUCUACUGGAACAGCAUAUAGACCCUCAUGUUCUACAGAGCAAGCCCAGCCUCUAUAGAGAUAUUAGUAAAAACCAUCAACUAAGCAUUAAAACUUUUCUUUAUUGGACCAUCCUGGGAUUCAGUCAUGCCUUUAUUUUCUUUUUUGGAUCCUAUUUUUUAUUAGGAAAAGAUAUAUCUCUGCUCGGAAAUGGCCAGAUGUUCGGGAACUGGACAUUUGGCACCUUGGUCUUCACCGUCAUGGUCAUAACUGUCACCGUAAAGAUGGCUUUGGAAACUCAUUUUUGGACCUGGAUCAACCAUCUUGUUACCUGGGGCUCUAUUGCAUUUUAUUUUAUAUUUUCUUUGUUCUAUGGAGGGAUUCUCUGGCCAUUUGUGGGCUCCCAGAAUAUGUACUUUGUAUUUAUUGAGCUCCUAUCAAGUGCUUCUGCCUGGUUUGCCAUAAUCCUCAUGGUUGUUACAUGUCUUUUUCUUGAUGUUGUGAAGAAAGUAUUUGACCGACAGCUCCAUCCUACAAAUACCGAAAAGGCACAGAUGGAAGAAGAUAAGGGUUCAGUCAGCUCAGCAUAUGAAUUUGCUGAAAGCGAGCACAGAGGGGAGGACAGUGGGCACCUGCUAGCUGAGGCUUGUUCUUGCGUGACUAGCUUACUGAAACAAAUUCAAGUAUCAAAUGCUUGGACUCCAUGUGCUGUUUCUCAGAAGGAGAAACAGCGUGCGCGUCUGUUGGAAGAAUGCUGGAACGAGUUAUAGGACGAUGUAGUCCCACCCAUGUCAGCAGAUCAUGGAGUGCAGCGGAUCCUUUCUAUACCAACGACAGGAGCAUCUUGACUCUCUCCACAAUGGACUCAUCUACUUGUUAAAGGGGCAGUAGUACUUGGUGGGAGCCAUUUCUGCUCCUUUUUAAAAUUGAGUCUGAUCGUCCUGGUAAUGGCCACACUGGCUCUGCAGAACAGCUUUCCAAAACCUGGAGUAGCUCAGGUCUACUCUGAAUUAUAAUGGCAAACCAGCCAAAAGCAGUGACAUGAACUCAUCUCAACCCCCCAGUUUGAAUCUGAGUAUGUUAAAAUUUAUGACUAAGAACCGGGAAGAUGGCUCGGAGGGCUGCAGUGCAUGCUUUCAUGCAAGGAGACCCCGGGUUUCAUCCCCACCACCACCCAGGUUCCCAGUACAGUUCUAGGAGCGACCUCCCGACUCCUACCCCAAGCACCACUGUAUAUGCCCUGUCCCCGAAAAGCAAGAAAUAAAACAUAAAAUUUACGAAUAAGGAAACAUUUUUCCAUCAUUAUGUCUGGGUUGCCCUUUGUGCGUAUGGGACUCCUAAGGCAUUUCAGCCUCUUACCAAGGCCACUAUAUUUUAAUAUCACGGUAGGAAAGAGAGAUGAUUCCUAGUCAACUGUAUUUUUUAGUAAUAGCUUGGUUACUGAAUCUUAUAUUUAAAAUCUGCUUCUGUAAAUUAUGCUGAAAAGUUUGCCAUGAAAACUCUAUUUUUUUAUUAGAGUUAUAUUUGACACUUUUCAUGGGAAAAGUUACUGUGAAUAGUAAGAAAUUUUGGUCCCUCAGUGACCCAUGUUAUUAAUUUAUUAGUGCUUCUUAAGUUCAUGGAUUAGAAUGUAUUCCCAAGUAUUACUGACUGUACUAUGGGUAGUAAAUACAUACCAAAACCAAACGUCUCAGAUUUACUGUAUCACAUCUAGUAAUCAUUAUAUACCAAAGUAUACCAUAUCUGAUAUGUAAAAUCAGGAAUCAAGUCCAUUCGCCAAAUUUCAAAUUGAUGUUAACGAAUAUUUUUGUGACAAAUAUGAAGGACCUCUAUGAGUAAACUAGAUACCAUUAGUGUAUUGUUAUUUAAUCUGUUCAUCAUUGACCUUUUGCAUGCUUUUAUCUGGUUCAUAUAUAUUUAAUUUGCUUUUCCUCCCUGUGUCUGAAGGCUCUGUUUCUAGUAUUUGUUGACACUGUUGUAAAGUUCAGCUCUAUCAAUAAAAAACAAGUUUGGACAGUA